AUGCGAUUCACUUCCUUCGCUGUCGCGUCGAUUGCUGUGCUCAGCACGCUGGGCUUCAGCGUGCCGCAAACGCACGCCAAGUCGCUCAGCAACAGGCACCAAGACUUCCGCCCCGACGUCAGCGCCGACAAGCCCCAACGCAGAGCGGUCUGUGGAAAACGCAGCACCAAAAAGAAGAGCAGCACUCGCAAAACCACCUCUAGCACUCGCAAGUCCACCACCACCACCAAGGCGAGCGUCCAGACGCCCGUCCAAGCCGCUGCCAAAGUCACCUCUUCGAAGUCGUCGUCCACCUCUGCCCAUUCCACCGCUUCGGCAUCCAAGACCGCCUCUGCUUCCUCCUCCACCUCAUCGUCGACCUCUUCCAGCACGUCCCUUUCCUCGCUGGCCGGUCAGGCUCCCCCCAAGAGCCCGUGGGGCAACUGCUUCGACCUCACCGCCACUGCUUUCCAGCCCAACUGGAAGGGCGAGGCCACCACCACCUGGUGCGGUGUCAACUUUGACAAGACCUCGCCUAUCCUCGCGCUGCCCCUCGCAGAUCUGUCCAAGGCCUACGGAUCCGGCACUUCGGUCACUUAUUACUCGAACGAAACCCUCUGGAGGCAGAUGAUUGCUGACUGGUGCGGUCGCGAGGUCUGGGUUCAGGGUCCCGGCGGCAUGUUCAAGGCCUACUUCGGCGAUGCUAACGAAUGGACUUCGGUAGACCUCAACAUGAACCUGUACACCAAGGUCCAGGGAGUCCCCACGGGCAGCUACGCUGAUCCCGAUGCGGCUCGUUGGAUGGAGCACAUCAAGGGCUGCUUCACCGGUAAUCAGAUCAGCAUCAAGAAUGGAUACCCCAUGUCCUACUGA